GUUUGUGGUUGCUUGGUAGGGAAAUGCUUACAGCUGCCUUGAGAAGCAAGUCUGGUUGCAGCAGCAGAAGAGAAGCAUAAUUGUGCAGCAGAGCUGAGCUGUCACCACCUGCCUGUCUGCCCACACAGAGGGCCAGAGCGCCAUGGAGACAAGAUGGUCUAGCCACCGUGGUGGUUCAGCUCCGGGGGCUGGGAGGGACUCAACAUGCCCCAAAGGAGGAAAGGAUGACUUCAGUUCUCCUUCCAGUUGACUCGGAGGCGCAGGUUUUUCAAUGCAGCUGAAAACUUGCAGGAUUUCUACUUUUUAAUCAUCCCAGGUUCAGAAAACUGUGAGUUCCAUAAUGUCAUAAUCUGGCAUGAGGACUCUGUGUGUUCUUCAGAUGGAGCUAUGAAAAGGGAGGAACCGGUUAGCAGACUAAAUUACCGGAUUCAUCCUUUGCAAGAUCCAGAGCUCCAACACUCCUUGGCUUAACGAGAGAAGAACCUCGAAAAUGUGGGCAAGGAAUCUUAUGGCAAGGGCCUUAUACGACAAUGUCCCAGAGUGUGCUGAGGAGCUGGCCUUCCGCAAAGGAGACAUCCUGACCGUGAUAGAGCAGAACACAGGAGGACUGGAGGGAUGGUGGCUGUGCUCCUUACACGGGCGCCAAGGCAUCGUUCCCGGCAACCGGGUGAAGCUGCUGAUUGGUCCCAUGCAGGAGAUCCCAUCCAGUCAGGACCAGCCUACAUCUGGACUGAUGCACCAGACUUUCAGCCAGCAGAAGUUCUAUCAAGUGCCAAACUCACAGGCUGCCCCUCGGGACACCAUCUACCAAGUUCCACCUUCAUAUCAAAACCAGGGAAUUUACCAAGUACCCACAGGCCAUGGCACCCAAGAAAAAGAUGUGUAUCAAGUGCCACCAUCAGGGCAGAGAAGCAUUGGGGUGACCAAUGGUCCCCACUUAAGUAAAAAGGUGAUCACCCCCGUGAGGACAGUCCACGGCUAUGUGUACGAGCAUCCGUCCAGAUACCAAAAAGACAUCUAUGACAUCCCUCCAUCCCACACCCCUCUAGGGGUCUACGACAUCCCUCCCUCAUCAGUGAAGGGCCCUGUGUUUUCAGUUCCAGUAGGAGAGAUAAAGCCUCAAGGGGUUUAUGACAUCCCACCAGCUAAAGGGGUAUAUGCUGCCCCACCCUCCGCUUGCCGAGAGGAAGCAGCACUUAGGGAAAAAGAGUAUGAUUUCCCCCCUCCGAUGAGACAAGCUGGAAGGCCAGACGUCAGAUCUGAGGGGGUGUAUGACAUCCCCCCGUCCAGCACCAAGCCAGUGGGGAUGGACCUCAACCCCAAAUACCACUGCGAUGUGCCCGGAGCUGCCGAACUGGUGUCCCGGAGACACCAGAGCAUGUCCCUGAGCCAUCCGCUCCCACAGCUGGCGCCGUCCAUGGGCACCCAGAGUGACGCCUAUGACAUCCCUCGGGGAGUUCAGUUCCUUGAGCCGCCAGCGGAGAGCAGUGAGAAAGCAAAGUCCGAAGAAAGAGAGGGUGUCUACGAUGUCCCUCUGCACAACCCAGCGGACACCAGAGGAUCCCAGGACGUGGUGGAUGGCAUCAACCGGUUAUCAUUCUCCAGCACGGGCAGUUCCCGGAGUAACAUGUCCACGUCUUCCACCACUUCGAAGGAAUCCUCACUGUCGGCCUCCCCAUCUCAGGACAAAAGGCUCUUCCUAGAUCCAGACACGGCCAUUGAGAGGCUUUAUCGGCUGCAGCAGAGCCUGGAGGUGGGUGUCUCCAGCCUCACGGCACUGGUCACCACAGACUGGCGGUGUUACGGAUACAUGGAAAGGCACAUCAACGAGAUACGCACGGCAGUGGACAAAGUCGAGCUGUUCCUGAGGGAGUACCUCCUUUUUGCCAAGGGAGCUGUAGCAAAUGCUGCCUGCCUCCCAGAGCCCAUCCUCCAUAACAAGAUGAAGCGGGAGCUCCAAAGAGUCGAGGACUCCCACCAGAUUCUCAGCCAGACCAGUCAUGACUUAAAUGAGUGUAGCUGGUCCCUGAAUAUCCUGGCCAUCAGCAAGCCCCAAAACAAGUGUGACGACCUGGACCGGUUUGUCAUGGUGGCCAAGACAGUCCCCGACGAUGCCAAGCAGCUCACCACAACCAUCAACACCAACGCCGAGGUCCUUUUCAAGCCAGGCGCUGGCAGCUCGCAUCUGAAGAAUGGGCCCGAGAGCAUCCUGAACUCACACGAAUACCCACAUGGCAGCUCCCAGGUGCAACUGCUGCAUCCUGGGGACCACAAAGCCCAGGCCCACAACAAGCCUUUGCCCCCAAGCCUGGGCAAGGAGCAGCCCCCUGACUGCAGCAGCAGCGAUGGGUCUGAGAGGAGCUGGAUGGAUGACUAUGAUUAUGUCCACCUACAGGGUAAGGAGGAGUUUGAGAGGCAACAGAAAGAACUAUUGGAGAAAGAAAAUAUCAUCAAACAGAACAAGAUGCAGCUAGAACAUCAUCAGCUAAGUCAGUUCCAGCUGUUGGAACAAGAAAUUACAAAGCCUGUGGAGAAUGACAUCUCAAAGUGGAAGCCCUCCCAGAGCCUGCCGGCCCCAAGCAGCAGCGUGGGCACUCAGGACAGGCAGUUGCUUUGUUUCUACUAUGACCAGUGUGAGACCCAUUACAUCUCUCUUCUCAAUGCCAUAGAUGCUCUCUUCAGUUGUGUCAGCUCAGCCCAGCCCCCACGGAUCUUUGUGGCGCACAGCAAGUUUGUCAUCCUCAGUGCGCACAAACUGGUGUUCAUUGGGGACACGCUGACAAGGCAGGUGGCUGCCCAGGACAUUCGCAACAAAGUGAUGAACUCCAGCAACCAGCUGUGUGAACAGCUCAAGACUAUAGUCAUGGCAACCAAGAUGGCCGCCCUCCAUUACCCCAGCACCACCGCCCUGCAGGAGAUGGUACACCAAGUGACGGACCUUUCUAGAAACGCUCAGCUGUUCAAGCGCUCUUUGUUGGAGAUGGCGACAUUCUGAGGAGAAAAGGAGGAACAGUGGACUGAGUGGGUUACUAAGUGAAACUGGAAAUACUAUCUGGCUUUUGUAAAUGUUAUCUAUUUUUGUAGAUAUUUUAUAUGAAAUAUUUUAAUGACAUUUUAUGGAUUAGAUGACAUUCAGAAAUUCAGGGAGCUGGAGAGGGAAAAAUCUUUUUUUUUUUUUUCUGUUUGGUUCUGAUGUAUACAUAUCAGUGUCUAAGAUAUAAACUGUACAGAAACUUGUCCGUGUGCUUAUGUGUGCCUGUGAGUUCACAUUCGUUUCCAGAUGUUUGUCUGAUACAUUCCAUUAAAAACACGAGUUAAGAAGCACCUUAGUUAGCACCUCCAAAUGCUGCAUUUUUUUUAGAACACUUACCAGCUGGUUGAAAUACUGUUCUACCUAUACUUGCCAUUACCUUGAACCUGUCACUUCCACAUCUGGGAAGUGUAUUUGCGAGUGUUCACUUCCCAAAUAAAGAGGCCUGGCAUGGCUUGUUCUUGCUUUGAAACCUCUUUCAAAAUUGAUCUUUCUGAGUACAUUAAAGCAAAAUGCCCCCACUUCCAGUUGAAAAAGCCCUUGCAGAGAGCAAGUUUCACAAGUAUGUGCUAAUACAAGAUCCGAUAUUUUCUUGUACAAGAUCCGAUACAAGAGAGGAGGGGCCCGAAGUUAGAGGCCUGUCCACAUGGAGGUUUCAACACGGAGAGGAAGCCACAAUAAAAUGAGAGCACAAGUGUUCCCCAUGGCUAUGUGAUCUUCUGCGUUCAUGAGUGAUUCAGCCAUGAGGCUUACCCAAGAUGUUUUUAGAUUUGUCAGAAGCAUAUUAUUUGCAGCGGGAAUUUAUAAAGACACCUCAGUCUGUGACUGUUCACAAAAAGAAGGAAUGGUUCCAGUUGCCAGUCGUAAGUAGGUGCCUUUAUGACUUUGAAUAUUCAGUUAGGUGCUACUGCCCCCAUUACCCGGCCAGUUCUUUGACCAGCUGAAUUUUAGAGCCACCAGGCCACAUCCUACUUUUUACUCUAGGAGAAUCCAUUGCUUGGUCUUGCACCUUCCUCGAAACUCACCUAAAUGGACCCCUAAGCUCAGGGUAGCUGCACUGAGUGAACUUGCAUCUCCAACCUCCCACGAUUUCAUGGCUAAGUCUCAGCAUCCACAUCACAGUCUGUCUCCUCACACCCUUAGGUGUUGAUCCAUUACAGACAUACCACAAGCCAUCAGAUUCAUCAUGAGAGGGAUGAUAUACUCACCAGUAGGUAAAUGUAUUCUCAUAUUACCAAGUCAAGAAGCAUGCCCUACAAGGUAUUUCAGUUCUUAUUUAAUGGUUUUAUUCUAGCCUCUGUGAAAACAUGUUUUUUUAAUAUUGCAAUGUAUGCUUUGAACUGCAUUAUGCUUGCUUUUUGAACCAAAACAUUGGAACAGGAAAGGAUUUAAGAAAGAAUAAUACAUGCUCUCAGUAUGAUUAAAAAAAAAUCAGUGGAAUUGAUUAUGGAAGGUACGUUUCAAAACAUCUGCAAAUGUAGUUCUGAAAGUUCUCUGCCAAACAAAGAUUAAAAGUUGUACUGUUAUACGUCAAGUAAGUGUGUGGGGUGGAAAGGGGUUGCUUAAAAUCAACAACACUUGAAAAAACUUAAAAGCCCAUCCUUGUAGAUUUUGUUGCAUCAUGUAUAUUUCUUAGGAGGUGAUAUUCUUGUUCUAAGUGAAGUGGUGACAUUACCAAGUUUUAAAAACCAAAAAGUUCAAUCUUUAUUACUCUCUUGGCCAUCUUGUAUGUAAAGGUUAUUUUUAAGUCAUUAAAAGUUUAGAUUUCUGUUUUUAUAGCCAACGAGUUUUCUUUCCAUAUUUCUCUCUCUGUCACAGAAAUAAAUAUUGGCUUAGAUUGGCACUCCCAAUAAUGAAAGUUAAAUGAGGCUUAUUGCAAUCAAGACUAUAGGUCUGGGUUUUCUGAGGGAAAAUGAGGGGUUUUUGUGUUGUUUUCAUUUAGUGUCACUGCAGAGUAUUUGCAUUUGGGGGAAUUUCUGGAAUCUAUGGCUGUUACCAAAUAGCCUGUAUAUUUAAAAGAAGAAUAGGAUCAUUUCUGUUAUUGUAAAAUGGAUGUUACAAUUCAUGUGGUUUUAAAGUCAAAGGAAAUUACUCCAUUCAUUCUGGAAUAGAUGAAUUAAUUAAAAGCAAACUAUAUUUGAUGAAAA